AUGAUGAUGAUGAUAUUCACAACGAUCGACCCUCAACGAGCGGUUGGAUAUUUGCAGGUCGACUGCGCGUGCAAGCGGAAAGGUCUCACGGACAAGUGCCGGCCAAACUACGGCUCGUGCGUCGACGGGAAGAGAUCGGUGCCCAUCGAACUGCUAGACGUGGCGGGGCUGGUGCCCGGCGCGCACGAGGGCAAAGGACUGGGCAACAAGUUCUUGGACGACCUGCGCCACGCGGAUGCGCUGAUCCAUGUCGUCGAUGUCAGCGGGACCACCGACGCCGAGGGCAAAGCCACGCGUGGCUAUGAUCCCAGCGUGGACGUGGAGUGGCUGCGUGGCGAGAUUGUGCGCUGGAUCCAGGGCAACCUGAUGGACAAGUGGGGGAGUAUCAAGAGACGGCACGUCGCCGUGAAGGCGUCACCCGUCGAGACCCUCCAGGCCCAGUUUUCGGGGUAUGGGAGUAAUAGCUCCGUGGUCGCGCGGACGCUGGACAAGCUGCAGCUCAAGCAGCCGCUGGAGGAAUGGAGUGACGAGACGAUUUUGAGGGUCGUCAACGCCUUUACGGACGAGAAGUUCCCGACCGUGCUCGCGCUCAACAAGAUCGACCACCCGGACGCGGACCGGAAUAUUGCAAAGAUCGCGAAGCAGCAGCCCGCGGAGAGCAUCGUGCUGUGCAGCGCGAUCUCCGAGGUCUUUCUACGCCGGCUGGCCAAGCAGGGGUACAUCAAGUACAAGGAAGGGGCCGAGUACCUGGACACGCGGGAGGACUUGAUCGAACAAGGGGAUCCCGCUGGAGGAGGAUUGAAGGAAAUGGACGACAAGCUCGCGCAGCGCAUCGAGAACCUCAAGGACAUGGUGCUCUAUCGGUUUGGUAGCACGGGCGUGGUACAGGUCCUCACCAGGGCGGCAGCCCUGCUGGGUCUUGUGCCUGUUUUUCCUGUCAAGAACAUCCACACCUACGGCUCGGGCACGGCCGGCAGCACGGCUGCUGUCUUUAGAGACUGCGUGCUCGUCAAGAAGGGCAGUACCGUGGCGGACGUGGCGAGGAAAGUCAUGGGCGAUGCUCCUAUUGCUUUUGUGGAGGGCGACGGAGGGAGGAGGGUCGCAGAAGAUUCGGUCAUCGAGGUCGGAAAGAACGACAUCUUGUCGUUCCACGUCGGGCGGUAA